AUGCAGAAGGAAUCUGAUCCAGUGCUCAUGAGGGCCACUACACAAGAGCUGAAGACGCUGAUUCCUGACCCAAUGAAGGGCGCGAUGGCAGUCGACAUCAUUCACUGGGCCAUGAAUCAGGCCGUCUCCAAGGACGCUAAACAGAGGAAGAAGUGGUCCAAGUACAAGAACUACUGGGCUCCUAAUGACCGCCGUGCUGCAGUGUACUGGGAGACGACAAUCGUGCCACCGGCGGUCAUCGGUGGGGAGCCUAAGGAGGAGGAAGAACUGGUGCAGAUGCCAUCGAGGGCGCUGAGGGAUUCUGGGACUAAGGGAUGGACUGAUGUCCUGUGA